AUACAAAUGGCUGAGAGCGGACGGGAUGCACUGCAGCAUUUUGUGCAGCAGAGUAGGGAACGUCUUAAUAUAAUUUUACAACGACUACAGUGGACCGAGGCCGGCGUACUGAAGAGGCACCAUGGUGAUUGUUCUCUGUUAAAGAAGCAGGAAUCAUCAUUUCCACCUAGUUACCCUGAUUCUGGCUUCAGUAUUCAGCUUGAUGAGCCCACUGUGCAGGAGAUACUGCAGACAAAUACAGCGAAUCCCUCACCCCAUUCUUACACAGCCAAACAAAAGUUACUUAUCUAUCAGUAUGUGGUGGAUCAGACACCUUGCCAACGUCCUGUUUUCGAAGACUAUGCGGCCUUUGCCAAAAUGGUGGCCGUAACAAAAAGGGAACAGCUUAAACAACGUCGUUAUCGCAAGAGUAAACCGACGCAUAAUGAGCAACUGCAUCAGCUAUUAGAAUUGCAAAUGAAGGCACUCACACAGCAACAGCAGAUAUCAAAAGAGUCAAUGACAAUCCGACAUCGGCAGGAUCAAAGCAAGAAACGAAGGCAUAGUCGUAGUCCUGAUAGUAGCAGACAGGGCAACGAAGGAGAACGUCAUAGAUCUAAGCACAAACAUAAAAGUCGUUCACGUUCCCGAUCGCGUUCCCGCAGCACUCGAUUCCAUAGCUCACGGCAACGAAACAAUCAAAAUAAACAUUACUAGAACUCA